ACAUGAUGAGAGUUUGAGAUUGUGCAUAUCACAAUAACUCAGAUAUUUGGCAGAGAAUUUCCAUGAGUUAGUAUUCUGUUCUCCCAGGUUGCUUGCUAAGGGUGACAUGCUCAAUACCCAAAAGGUGCUGGGCUCUAAACAGCUGCAGAAUCCACAAUUAACAGAUCUCCUUGCCACUGCAGUAUAAUCUUGGAGAACCGAAGGUAGUCCCGGAUACCUGGACAGUCAGAUUCCUUCCAAAAGGAAUGCUGUUCCCAAAUUCUGCCUAAGAAAGGAAAAGGAUAACGUUAAUACGCUGGGACAAGUGUUUCGAAAGUGAACAACAUGGCAAACAGAGGAUCCUACGAUCUCCAGAAGGCCAGAAAGGAUCCUUAUUCUCCCAGAGCCAUUAGAGGGUACUUCAGUGAAGAAGAGACAGAUGACUUGGACAAAACUUUGGAAGUGGCGAGUUUUGAGGAUGUUGACUUUGACCCUACAGAGAAUAGAUGGAAUGGUGAUGAUGAUGAUAGUAAUUCCGAUUACCUUUGCGAGUUAUUGUCCUGCAGCCCCAAAGUACGCCUCAAUCUUAAGCAUGAAAAGAAGACAGCACAUGGGGGUCAGCCAUUCGAAGCGGAAGGAAGUCCGAAGCCUCAUACCAGGUAUAAACCCCGUCCGGCAGGAAGGGGCACUGUUGAAUUUGACAAAGACACAAACCUUCCCCAAGUAACCUCUGCAGAUGAUUUGAACAUUCAACGUCCUAGAAGGAGUCAAGAUCAAUCUGGCAGAGAUCUUACGGGGCACAGGGAAGCCGCUCACAAGCAGACACCUCAGAUAUUUGUUGAAAUGAACGAACUGAAAACGGAUGAAAACAGACAUCAAUACUGGCAAGAGACUGGACGAUGGAUAAAGUAUGAAGAGGAUCUGGACAAGGAUUCAGGCCGAUGGGGUAGAGCACAUGUACCUUCUCUCACCUUCAGGAGUCUCCUGGAACUCAAAAGGGGCAUCAGCAAAGGUGCUGUUCUACUUGACCUGGAGGAAACCACAUUUGCUGGCAUUAGUGUUAAUAUCGUGGAAGAGAUGAUAGCCAAGGAUCAGAUAAGGGCAGAAAAUAAAACCAGUGUGCUGAAUAUAUUGCUCCAAAAACACAAGCACCAAAUGACUAAUGAUGAUGGAGCCCAGCUUAUUUCAAGUAAACAAGAUGUUGAAAUCCAGCUCCAUUCCCUGAAGAAACAGGAACAUCGUGAAAAGAAGAUUCAUUCAGAAGUAUCAGAUAAAAUCACAGAAAACGCAGAAGCCACUCUUGUUCUUGUUGGCUGCAUUGACUCUCUGAAGUCUCCAGCUAUGGCCUUUGUGCGACUGAAAACAGCUGUUCAUCUGGAGUCAAUUCUAGAAAUUUCUACCCCUAUCCGAUUUAUUUUUGUGCUCCUGGGACCCAGCACUUCCAGGAUGAACUACCAUGAAGUUGGACGUUCAGUUUCAACAUUAAUGUCAGAUCGGACAUUCCACAAAGUGGCGUAUGAAGCAAACGAUAGCAAUGAUUUGCUGAAUGGUAUCAGUGAGUUCCUGGACUGCAGUAUUGUCAUUCCCCCAACAGAAGUUCAAGGUGAGGAGCUACUAAGAUCUGUCAUACCCUUUCAGCAUGAAAUGCUGAAGAAGAGACAGAGCCAGCUAGAAGACACGUCGGCUGAAGGAGAUGAUCAUUCUGCUACAAGACCAGUACCAAGUGAUGAUGAUGAUCCUCUCAGAAGAACUAGGAAACCAUUUGGAGGUCUAAUCCGGGACAUCAAGCGACGCUAUCCCAAAUAUCUGAGUGAUAUCAAGGAUGCCCUGAAUACUCAGUGUUUGGCUGCAAUUAUUUUCAUUUAUUUUGCAGCUUUGUCUCCUGCCAUUACCUUUGGUGGUCUCCUUGAGGAGAAGACAAAGUGUGACAUGGGUGUUUCCGAGCUGAUCGUCUCAACCGCCAUUCAAGGAGUUAUUUUCUGUCUAAUUGGUGCUCAACCCUUACUUGUACUGGGAUUCUCAGGUCCUCUCCUCGUGUUUGAAGAAGCUUUUUAUCAAUUUUCUGAGACCAUGAAAUUUAAUUAUCUGACUGGCCGAGUUUGGAUUGGAUUCUGGUUGAUUCUUAUCGUUUUCAUUCUCGUUGCCUUUGAAGGCAGUUUCCUCGUACGAUUCAUCUCCCGAUUCACACAGGAAAUUUUCUCCAUCUUAAUUUCCCUCAUUUUCAUCUAUGAAACAUUCAACAAACUAUUCAAGAUUUUUAAGGCACACCCCUUGCUUGCCUCUUACAAUACGACUGCAAGUGAUGGAAGCACACAAGAUGCAGGGACACCAAAGCCCAACACUGCUCUGCUCUCCCUUGUUCUCAUGUUUGGAACCUUCUUCAUAGCCAUUUCCUUAAGAAGGUUGAAAACCAGUCAAUAUUUCCCAGGAACUAUCCGUCGUAUUGUUGGUGACUUUGGUGUUCCCAUUGCCAUCUUUGUCAUGGUGCUGGUGGAUUUCUUUAUUAAAGACACUUACACACAGAAACUCUUUGUUCCAGAUGGGCUUCAGGUGACAUGCCCCCACAAAAGAGGUUGGUUCAUCAACCCGACUGAAAAGCUUCCUUGGUGGAUGAUGAUAGGUGCAGUUCUUCCAGCCAUGUUAGUUUUUAUCCUUGUCUUCAUGGAAUCUCAAAUCACAACACUUAUCAUUAGUAAGGCAGAUCGGAAGUUGGUGAAAGGCUCUGGAUUCCAUGUGGACUUGCUGUUGAUUGUGGUAAUGGGUGGAAUUAGUGCCCUUUUUGGAGUGCCUUGGCUCAGUGCUGCCACCGUGAGGACUGUCACUCAUGCUAACGCCCUAACCAUGAUGAACAAAUCUGUGGCACCAGGUGACAAACCUCAGAUUCAAGAAGUAAAGGAACAGAGAGUAACUGGACUAGUGGUUGCUAUUCUAGUGGGUGUAUCUAUUUUCAUUGGAAGUGUUUUGCGUAUGAUCCCACUUGCUGUUCUGUUUGGAAUCUUUUUGUACAUGGGAGUGACAUCUUUGAAUGGAAUUCAGCUAUUUGAUCGAAUACUCCUGCUCCUGGUCCCACCUAAAUAUCAUCCAGACUGCGUCUAUGUCCGAAAGGUUCGAACCAGGCGCAUGCAUUUGUUUACGAUCAUUCAGAUUCUAUGCAUUGCAAUUCUGUGGGCAAUCAACAAGUCUGUAGCAGCCUUGGGUUUCCCCUUCCUGCUCAUCCUGACUGUUCCCCUAAGAAUGUUUGUACUCAACAAGAUCUUCACAAAAUUAGAGAUGAGAAGUCUGGAUGGUGAUGAAACAGAACCUACCUUUGACGAGAAAGAAGGAAUAGACGUUUAUGAUGAGACCUCAAUGCCAAACUGAGGAUGUCUGGACCUUACAAGGACACCUUGCAAAUGGUGCCUUACAAAACAAGAGAAACAUUCACCUUUGUCUUACUUAUUUUUCUUUGUUUGUUCAGGAAAAUCUGCAUAAUAGCCGAAGAUGACGACGAAUGAUUCUUGAUUAAUUUUCUAAUUACAUAAUCAAUGCUUAUUUCAGUCUUAGCUUUAAAAAUGUACAUAUAUUAAAUUACAAGACCAGCCAGUAGUUGGGGCUAAACGAAAACACAGUGUGAUCAUAGUAAACUGAUUCAGAAAUCUGAUCACACUUUCCCCAGGAUUAAAAGAAAACUUCAGAGGCACAUUGACAAGAAAUAAAAUUUAUACCAUUUGCUCAAAGACCCUGCAGUUUUUUUUCCUGUUUAAACCAGGGUAAAAAUGGAAUGUUAAGUAUUCAUUGUUGGCUCCAUUUUAAGCUGAUUUGCUAAAGCCAUUACCCAUUUUGAUUCCAAUUCCAUAGUAAAUAAUAUAAAACAAAGAACUGCAGAUGCUAGAGACCAGAAACAGACACAGAAAAUGAUGGAGAAAAUCAGCACGUCUGGCAGCAUUGUGGGGAGCAAACAAGAUUCGCAUUUCGAGUCUGGUGACCCUUCAUCAGAUCCUUUAUCUGAUAAAUGGUCACUGGAUUCAAAAUGUUAACCUUGCAUUCACCCCACAGAUGCUGCCAGACCUGAUGUUUUGGUUCAAUCGUAACUAAUGUUACUGUGGCUCUUGAUGCUGAAGAGUUAUUGCUGUCACUUCAUGUUCAAACUAAUUAUAUUAUAUUGCAAUGUGCAAUUGUAAAUCCUAUACAAUGUUAUUUUUUUACCAUGUUGUCCUAUCAUUUUACAGGGUAAGCACAAAGCAUAAAACUUUUCACUCUAUUGUAUGUCUUGGGUUACUGAGUUUCUACAAAGAAAUCAAAUAUACCUUAUAAAAUAAGUUAUUUUAUUCAUAAUUAUUUUAUAAAUUCAACUUUAGAGAAAUCAGAUGAAAUUUAUAGUUUUGAAUUGAGUGUUUGAUGGAAAAAGUCCUUUAAGAAAUUUGAAGACUGAACAUUUACAUUGGGGACAUUUAUGCAGUGGUAACAGGUAUGGAGGGCGUAGUUACCAUCUUGCCUCUUCAGUGUGCAUUACCUGGAUUCAUUGCCAUUAGUAUAGAUGCAGGCAAGUUCACAAAGGUUUGGGGUUGGAGUAUGUAAAUUUGCCAACCCUCUCCUGCCCUUUGUGAGUUGUGAAAUGUGAGGCAGGGAUAAGCAACCCUCCAAUCCCUCUCCUUAGUCUCUCAAGAGUACCUUGUGUUGCUCUGAAUAGUUCAGUAACUAAUUUGAUUCUCAGUACAUUUGAAGGAGAAACCUUCAUGCUUUAAAAGACUUCUUUCAACAGAUUCUAUGUGCUCUUUUUCGAAUAAAUGGCUCGUCUCCAAAUAAAAGCAAUAUAUAUUCUCUGUUGAAUAUUUUAAUCAAGUGAGAUGCUUUUUUAAAAAAAAUUACAUUUUGCAUCAGUCAAGUUCCAGAUAAGUCGCCCGAUUCCUUUGUGUGCUGUUUUUAUUUUGUUGUAUACUUACUGACACAUUUUACUCUUGAUCCCUUUGACAAAUGUAUUUUCCUAAUUCAUCCCUCAUUUCUGAUUCAUGAAUCUUACUUACCUGCACAGUGGAGAUUGAUGCUUGAGUGAAAUAGCACAAUCUCAGCUUUCCUCUGUUGGGCUAUAUGAAAAGGGAGAAACUCCUUGUGCCUAACGAGACUUCAUUUUCUGAUUGUAUUUGCAUGUUCAAAUACAGGUUAACUGCAUAAUAUCUCAGAGAAAGGAAAGCACAAGCCAUAAAAACCCUAACAUUUCAUGACUUCUUAAAAAUGCAGUUUAAGAUCAUUCAAAUUUUACUCAGGCAUCAUUGAAAAAGAUUUCCUGCAUCACAUUAAGUAGUGAACACUUGUGAAAAAAUAUUAUGCUUCUGAGAGAUGAAGGGAUAAAAGUGAAAACAUCUUAAUGAUAAACUCAUAGUCUUUUGAUUACUAAAUGGUGUGCUUCUUUCAGUUUGUUUUGCUUUUUU